CUCAAGACUCGAUUGAAAAAGUCCCUAACUAGCAUAAACAUGGCCUCCCGAGGCAGUCUCGGUGUUCUGAGAGUUUUAGCCAAAUUAGAAGCGUCCGUCAACUCCGGAAACUAUUAUGAAGCACAUCAGAUGUACAGGACUUUGCACUUUAGGUACCUUGGACAAAGAAAGUAUUCCGAAUUACUGGAAUUACUGUACAAUGGAUCAACGUUACUCCUACAACAUGAUCAGCAAGCAAGUGGCGCUGAUCUUGGUAUAUUAUUUGUCGAUGCUCUGGUCAAGUCAGAAACUGAGCCUUCGCAAUUAUAUUUUGAAAAACUGACAAAUCUGUUUGGUUUGAUGAACCCCACAGCACCAGAAAGGGAAACGUUUCUGUUAGAAGCGCUAAGGUGGAGUCUAAAAGGGUCCGAUUAUAAAACCGGUCAUCCAGAUUUCCAUCAGAGAAUAGCACAAGUUUUCUGGAAAGAGAAAAACUACAUAAUGGCCAGGCAACACUUUUUAUAUAGCAGUGAUGGAUCCGGUUGCGCUGCGAUGCUUGUUGAACUGCAUGAAGAGCGUGGAUACUCCAGUGAAAUAGAUCUUUUCAUCGUGCAAGCCGUCUUACAGUACUUAUGUUUGAGAAAUAAAACCACAGCAGAAGAAGCGUUUCAUUCAUAUACUUUGAAACACCCAAAAAUAAAUAGUGGUCCACCGUACUUUCUGCCGUUGUUGAAUUUUUUAUUCUUCUUGUUGAAAACCAUUGAAACUGGUAAGCUGGCCGCUUUCACAGUUUUGUGUGAGCAGUACCAGAUAAGCCUGAACAGAGACCCGCUCUAUAGACAAUACUUGGAUAAAAUAGGUCAAGUGUUCUUUAAUGUAUCACCUCCACGGGCACCCAGUCAAGGAUUAUUUGGUUCUCUGUUACAAUCAUUUUUCAAUGGUCUGGAAGAAGAGGAUUCAGACGAUGAUCAGCGAAAUGCUCCUACGACAUCGCAUGUGGCACAAGAAUUAGACUAAUUGGAAAGGGAAUGUUUUUAAACUUUGUAUGAGAUGAGUUAAAAGAGCUUACAGAGAUUUGAGAUGCCAUAAGGGUCUGCUGAAAUGGGUAUUCAUACACAUACAUAUUAAAUUUAGCGUAAAGUAGCAGUUUAUUGUUCUCAUUUUUAGCAUUCUUCAUCCAUUCAAAUAUAGAUAGAUAUUAGGACGGUCCUUAUGUGGAAGCCGAAAAAAUUUUCAUUGCGACACCCCCCCCGCCGCCGGACUUGUGCCAAAUCACUAAAAAAAAAUCUGUGCCUACACGCUUGCAACAACACGUGCCCCUACAAGCUUGAAGUUUGAUAUUCAGAUAAAAGAAAAUACCCUUGACCUUAAUUUUCGAGUAGAUCAAACAUGUUUAAAAUUAUAUGCAACCGAAAAAUUUUGUCUGUUUAACAUCUUGGAUUAUUUCGUAAAAAUCCAUAGAGAACCGUAAGGGAAAAAAAAAGAAGGUCUAAGCUGUUUGUAUUUUUACACAAACAAUUCGAAUUUGACAAAAAGAAAUGUUCUUUUUCGCCAAAAUUAUUUUGGAUUUACACAUUGAAGCACGUGUCCAUUAACGCCGAACGUCAAUUUUUUUUACCUGAGUGGGAAAUUUCAAACUCGUAGAGGCACGUGUUUCAGUCGAUGUAGUGCCUUGAAAUUUUACACAGAUUUUUUUAUGAUUCAGAACAGAUCUGGGGGACAUUGCAAUGAAAAUAUGUUUCGGACCUCCGAAUGAGAACCACCCUGAUAUGUAUAAAUAUAUAAUAAUAUAUAUAGGUACAGAUUGAUGAACAACAUUUGAAGAGUUGUAAAACGCCUAGGUUUAGAAGUUUAUUUAUAUCUGAAUAUGCAUUCUUACGUAUUCAUCAUUGUACCUAUAUGGGUGUAGAAGCAAUGUACAGAAUUUUAUUUAUUUUUGCGUAAAUGUCAAUUCUCAGAAAAAAUAAUAUAUAUGAAAAACAAAAAUUCAUGGUCAAUGCCCAUUCAGUUUGUGUGAUUUUAUUUUACUUUAUUUUUCGCCGUUUACGUUUCUAAUAAUGUAUUGACAAAGAUGUGAGAUUUUUAGGUUUGUUUUUUAAACCGUGUGCUAAUAAGUUAGCUUAUAAAUACGCGAAACUAAGCGAUCGAAAAUGAGAUAGUUAUUCUAAAACUCGAUAUUCCACAUUCACCAGGCAAAGCAUAUAAUAUCUGAUGUGCCCUUUUUGAAAUCUGGCUCUAAAGAAAACUUAUAGUAAUAACCGUGUACAUUUUGGGAGUGAUACGAAUCGGUUUAAAGCGUUAUUUUGUAUACUCUGAAUAAAAUGAGAAAUAAAAGGAAAAAAUAUCUAACAUAA